AUGUUCCUUCAAUUGGCUUUCAUCGCCUCGGUGUCAGUCUUGCUUGCCUUUGAAGUCCUUAUACCUCUAACACAAAUGCCACAGGGGCAGACCAAGACAAACGUCGAAAAGCACGUUGGGAUUUUUGGCCGCGCCACCCUCUUCUGGCUUUUCCCUUUGCUUUGGCAAGGUAGACAUGCCUCGUUGAAGCUCGAGGACCUUUGGCCGGUGGCACCGGAGAUGUCGGCACGACCGGCAUCCGAAGCUCUGCAAGUGCAAUUGGAUCGCCUGAAGUCGGCAAAUUGGAAGAGAUCAUUCCGAGGUGCACGCCUACUGCUGGCGUUGUUCAGGGCGUUCCCCUUUCUAUUCCUGGCUCCGAUCGUGCCUCGUCUACUUCAGCUCAUGUGCACACUCAUGCAGCCCUUGAUCAUCUCCGCAUUGAUCAGCGCUAUCAGUCCUUCGACGCAAGACGCAAACUCGACUCAAGCGGAAUUGGAUCCUUUCCGGGCCUGGAGCCUUGUUGCGGUGGUCCCAAUCGUCUACUUGGGUAUGCCGUUAUUUCAGAGCAUCUGUAGCUACCACCUGUCAAUGCUUGACGUCACCUUCAGGAGUGCCGUUAUCAGCUGCGUCUUUCGAAGGAUGAUAUCAAAGGAGAACGAGCUUGACGGCCCACGGAAGGCUGCCCAAGACCAAGAUGCUCAGGGCAGAAAUCACACAUCAGAGGAAGCGGGAUCCGACACUGCCAGCAACGCCUUGGAGACUUCGAAUCCUGCAACGGCCGAUCCUACUGUACUAAUGUCUGUUGACGUGGAGCACAUCGCCAGUAGCAUGACCUUCUAUAGCAUGUACGAGCUCUUAAGUAUAGGCCCAUGUGCUGUGAUUGGAAUUUGGAUGCUGUUUUCUCGUGUCGGAGUGGCUGCUUUUGCGGCUGUUGGCACAUUGGUACUGUUCGUAGGGAUGGGGUCUACACUGAGUGGUAGGGUCGGUGCACGACAGGCAGCUUGGCUACAAGCUACCACCUCUAGAGUGCUGUUUACCUCCUCUCUUGUUGCCAACCUCCGAACGAUCUUCGCUUCGUCGUACCAGCCGUACUUUCUCGACUAUUCCCAAAGGCUUCGGAAAACAGAGAUGAACAGUGUUAAACGCUAUCAGACGACCUUGGCCAUCGUGGCAGCUCCGUUCGGAGCCGCCCUGAUGGCCUCCAUUGUUGUCUUACUGGCCGUCACAAGAGCUCUCGAGGCAGAAUCUCAAAGCAAGCUCACACCCGCCGUCAUUUUUUCAUCGAUCAGUAUUCUGAAUAUCCUGAAUUUGCCAUUGCAAAUUCUCUCUUCGUUGCUGAGCUCUUUUCUCGGUGCUCUCGCCAGUUUUGAUCGGCUCGAGCUAUACCUCCUCCGCAAGCCGGUUGAAUCGCGCUGCGAGGACGCGGUAGAGGUUGUUUUGGAGAACCACACUCAAGCCAUCCUUGCUGAAGUGCUGCGGAAGCUUCGGACAGCUGAGGAGCAACAGACCUCGGAGGUACUCCAUCUCAUCGGACCAGGUGCCACCGGAAAGACGACGCUUAUUAAGCGUCUCUUGCGCUCUAUCGGAGAGAACAGCGACCUGAGUGUCGCAUAUGGCCCUCAGACUGUCGCGCUCUUUGAGGAGCGUUCCAUACUAGACAAUAUCACACUAUUCCAGACGCCCGAAGCCAAGCUUAGCUCUGGUUACGGAGUCGAAAAGGAUGACGAAAAGACGCAACAAUCCGAGUCAAAAUCUCUACAACACCAGGUCGCGGCGGUGUCCAAGGUUCUGAGAUUUUGCGGCCUCGAUCGGGACCUGAUGGCUCUCGAGAGCGGAGUCUCGACCCUGGUCAGGGACUUGAGUGGCGGUCAGAGACAACGUAUCGCUCUCGCUCGUGCACUGUAUUCCAAGGCACCGAUCAUCGUGUUGGACAAUCCUUUGUCAGCUCUGGAUGCGAUCACCAAAGACAUGAUCGAGGGACACUUGUAUGGCUACGGCACCUUUGACGAUAAGGAAAUCCUACACGGCAGGGUGAUACUGUGGGCUUCUCAGGAGCGGAGUACCUGGGACGUUCCCUCUUCGACACUCUUGAGCAGUCGAGAGGCUUCCGAUUUUCGCCUUGCCAAAGCGGCUGAGGAUGGAAAUGCGCACCCACGAGAUGUGGAGGCUGUUGUCAGCUCAACAGACGCUGUAGAACACAAAGCGGACACCGGACUGGUGAUCGACACAAGCAAGGCCCUGCUCGAACAUGCUCUUACGGCGAGUUGCGAAACGAAGGAAGCUGCAAUUGAGGAGCAUCCCAGCCAUUUGGGCUUGGCGCCCUUCCGCUUCUACUUCAAAAAUUCUCCUUCUUCCUGGAUCAUCACUGCUGUCAUCUUCCUGCUCGUAGUAGUUGGCGCCAGUAACGGAGUACAAUACGCCGUACAAGCAUGGGCUCACUAUGCAAGUCGUCGCACCGGUGAAGCCCUACCGAAUCCGGUGUCUUGGCUGACACUUCUUUCUGUGCUGGCAGUGCUGGUACCGCUCGCUUUGAUACUGAUGUGCAUGGCAUUUAGCGUCAAAGCGGUGCCACAGACCGGCUUUCAGAUACAUGAGCAGGCAAUCGCGUCCCUGCUCGCCACCUCGCCCUACAAUGCGCUGCUCCCUGCCUGCCUGAAAGCUCGGUUCAGUCAGGAUAUCUACAUCGUGGAUGCAGCUUUUGCAGACCAGAUCCUGAAUGCCGCGCUCUCAGCUGCCUUGUUCACUGCGGCUGCCCUCACAAUGAUAGUCGCAGUACCUUGGAUGGCACUUUCGAUUCCACUAUUCGCCGCGGAGCUCUGGAUUGUCAAACAUCUCUAUCUACGGAGCUCGAGGCAGGUCCGAGGCAUGGAGCUCGAAUCAAAGUCGAAUUUGUUUGCUGUAUUCUCACAGGUCAGCACUUGCCUCCCCUCCCUCCGAUCUUUGCGUCUUUUGGAGGCAUGUAAGGAGCAUUGCGACACCGUUCUGGACAACGCUCAAAGACCGUUCUAUACUCGAGAAGCGAUGCUGAGAUUGCUGCGAGUCGUCUUUGCUUUGGUGGCAGGACUUGUCACUUCUGUCCUGGCGCUACUGGCGGUGGCACUGAGCCGCAGGGUCAACCCGGCGCUGCUCGGUGUUGCCCUGGUCAAUAUCAGCAGCUUGAGCUGGUAUCUCAAUGCGACCCUUCAAGGUGUGGCGCAGAUAGAAACAGACGCCGUCGCCGUCGACAGGAUCCGACAAAUCGUGUCUUUGCCGGCAGAAGAAGAGGUGACUCAUGCAACAGGAUCAGCUCAAGACCUCGUCUGGAGAUCGCCAGGGUCGCUCGCGCCACCUUUCAUACUGGAUUCUGUGAAUCUCAGCAUGCGGUACAGCCCCGGAUCCCCCAAUAUCAUCAAGGACAUAUGCGUAAAGAUCCGUCAGGGCGCUCGAGUCGGUAUCUGUGGACGAUCAGGAUCCGGCAAGUCCUCUUUCCUAGCUGCUCUUUUGAGAGGAGUCACAGACUCCCUCUUGGAGGGCUCUCUAUCGCUGCAAGGCGCAUCUCGCGAGUCUGUGGGCCUCCACCGCUGGAGGAAAAGAUUUUCCUACGUCACUCAAGAGCCACUCAUCUGGGAGACUUCACUACGGGAACUCCUCUUCGUUCGUACUGGUGCCACAAGCCACACAGAAGAGAGACGCGCCUGGAAAGCGCUCGAUGCAGUCGGACUGGGAGAUCUUGUGCGCCCAUCUCCUCACGGUCUCGAUGUCAAGGUAAUUCCUCCUGGCAGCACCGAGGCCGCAGGAUGUCUCGCGCUGUCGACAUCGCAGUCUCAUCUCGUUGCGUUCGCCAGGACCCUGGUAGAAGUUGAUCGACCUCUCCUCCUCCUCGAUGAGCUCUCCUCCAACCUGGAUGAGGCCGCGGAAAAGCGAUGCCUUGAUGUCAUUCUGCGAGGAGACCUUCUCCAGGAGCGAACGAUUCUUGCGGUCUCUCACCGUAUCUCCUUCAUCGCUUCCUUCGACCACAUACUGCUCUUCGAUGAUGGGCAGAUAGUCGAAGCAGGAUCUCCGGCUGAGCUUCUCGCCAGCAACACCAUCUUCAAGAGACUAUGGGAGCUUCAGGGUUGCCAGUCCGUGUGCUCAACGCGGAAAGACGAAGGGUGGUUUCCGUGCCGAGUAGAACCAUUGUGA